AGCUGGAAAAUUUCCACUCAACUUUCUUCCCAACAAACGAAUAUGUCUCUCUUUCCUCCACUUCUCACAGAUAGUUUUCCAAAUUCAAUUCUACCCACUCGAGAAUUUAAGACAUACUAAUUUCCACCGGCAGCUUCGAAGAAAUGCUAAUUUCCACCAGCAGCCUCGAAGUCAUGCGUAGACCUGGUCCUUGUCCUGGAAAGAGCAGAGUACUGGCAGAAACCUUUGUGCAUCCUAAUGAACUGCUAUAUAAACAUAAUGGUUCAAGCAGAUUUAACUUUUACGUACAGCUGGGAUUUCACAUUUCUACAAAAUAAAUCUCCUUUGUAACACUUCAAAGUAUCUGUAAUACAAUGAAUUUUAGAUCGGACGGGCCAAUAUAUGCGGCAGGUGCCCAGCUUUCCAUGUUUCUUGUAAUCAUAACAGUAGCUUUACUCAACUGUUGUGGUGGAAAUGGAGCUGGUGCUUGUAUAGAGUACGAGAAACAAGCUCUUUUGACCUUCAAGAAAGACUUGAUAGAUCCCUCGAAUCGACUUUCGUCAUGGACUGCUGCUGAUGCUGAUUGCUGCAAAUGGGAAGCAGUUGCCUGUGAUAACAUCACCAACCAUGUUACGGAACUUAACCUUCAACAUCCCAAUGGAACCUCUCUUUGGGAUCAGUAUGGUUAUAAUUACUUUGAGAUGUUUGCCCUCAGAGGCAGACUAAAUCCUUCUUUGCUCAAUCUGAAACAACUCCGGUUCCUCGAUUUGAGCCUAAAUGACUUCGAAGGAGUCCCAAUCCCCAGUUUUAUAGGGUCCCUCAAAAGUCUUGAGUAUCUCAAUUUAUCAUAUACAGGAUUCUCUGGAAUCAUACCACCUCAGCUGGGAAAUCUGUCAAAUUUACGCACUCUGAGCGUGGAAGGAGAAUAUAUUCAGGAUGACAAUCUGCAGUGGCUGGCUGGUCUUUCCAAUCUUGAGCACCUAGUUAUGGCUUCUGUGAAUCUCAGCAGAGCGUCUAAUUGGGCACAGGUGAUUAAUACGAUUCCUUCAUUGGUAGAGGUACACUUGUCUCACUGUCAACUUGACCAUAUUUCUCCCCUGAUGGAAACCAAUCUUUCUUCGCUUACUGUCCUUGAUCUUUCACUCAAUGAAAUAUCCUUCAUGCCCAGAUGGAUAUUUAGUCUUGGUACGCUGGUCUCCCUUGAUUUGGGUCAGAACAAUUGUCAAGUUCCAUGGCCAGAAGGUCCCUGGAACUUGACUUCCCUCCAAGUUUUGAAUUUGAAUCAGAACCAACUAGGUGGUUCAUUACCGCGAGAGCUUUUAUAUCUGAAUAAGCUCGUUUCCCUUGAUCUAUCCAAGAACGAGAUCAAUGAUCUAAUGCCAACUGCUAGUAGCAACCUGACAAACCUUCUACAUCUUGACAUUUCAGACAACCAGCUGAAUUCCAGCAUACCUAACUGGUUGUACAAGUCCAAACACAUCAAAUUACUGAAUCUUGCGCGCAACUGGCUGCAAGGUGUAAUCUUGGAAGACAUAGCAAACCUGAGCUCCAUAGUCGAGUUGGACUUGACUGCCAAUCAACUUACCGGAACAAUACCCAAGCAAAUAGGAAACCCUUGCGACAUAAGAUUCAUAAGUAUGUCAGAUAACAAACUCGAGGGACGAGUAUCAGAUUUGAUUGAUGGUAUGUCGGGAUGUUUUUCUUAUGCUCUCAAGAUCUUGUAUCUAGAAAAUAAUCAGCUCUCUGGCCAGUUAACUGAUAAUCUAGGACAAUUUCAAAAUCUUGAGCAGCUUAACCUUGGUUCCAACUCCAUAUCUGGUCCAAUCCCUUCCAACAUAGGGUUGUUGUCCUCCUUGGAAACAUUGCUUUUGGGAGAUAACAAACUAAAUGGAACCCUCCCUGCUUCUCUCGGAAAACUUUCCAAGUUAAAAGAGCUCGACAUUUCUCGCAAUAUGAUGGAAGGCAUUGUGACUCAGAGUCAACUUGAGAAUCUAACCAACAUAAGGUCUAUGAAGGCACCUGGAAAUUCCUUGACAUUAGAAGUAGAUUCCCGUUGGGUUUCUCCAGCCCAAUUUCAGCAUCUUGAUUUGAGUUCAUGGAAAUUAGGUCCUCAGUUUCCCAAUUGGCUCCGUUUACAAAAGAAGAUAUAUCAUCUGGAUUUGUCCUUUACCGGAAUCUCAGGUGCUAUUCCUUCGUGGCUUUGGAACUUGAGUGCAGAAUUUGACUACUUGGAUCUUUCCCAUAACCAGUUAAGUGGUAGUAUUUCAGAUAUUUGCUGCAUAAACGAAGUGCAUUUGAGCUCAAACCAAUUCAGUGGCCAAUUACCUCAUACAACUGCACAUCGUGUGUUUACUCUAGACCUUUCCAAUAAUUCAUUUUCUGGAGGUCUUUCUCAUUUCUUGUGUCGUGGAGCCGGAGUGAAUAAAGAACGAGGCAUACAGGUUCUUGAUCUUGGAGAAAAUCUUCUUUCAGGAGCAAUUCCUGAUUGUUGGAUGAAUUUGCCAAUGCUAGUCUUCAUUAGUUUGUCAAACAAUAAUCUAAGUGGAAGUAUCCCAAUGUCCAUCGGAUAUUUGACUUCUCUGCUCUCUUUGCACUUGCGCAACAACAGUCUCUCUGGUGAUAUACCUUCUUCCCUGGAGAAUUGUACAGAACUAAUUACAAUUGACGUUGCAGGAAACAAAUUAGGGGGGAAGUUACCAACUUGGCUGGGUCCAAGUCUUUCCAAAUUGAGGAUUCUCAUCCUACGCUCUAACAAGUUUCACGGUGAACUUGCUCCAGGACUCUGCCACCUGUCUUCUCUGCGAGUCUUAGACGUCUCCAACAACGAUUUUGUGGGUGUGAUUCCCAGUUGUUUCAACAACUUUACCUCGAUGGCAACCGAAGGGAAUGUUUCCUUACGCUAUAAUGAGAUAACUUACUACUAUGACGGCUACCCCGAGAGAGCACAGUUGGCAACCAAACGAAAUGAAUACGAUUAUCAUGGCACGGUACUUUAUCUUAUCUGCAGCAUUGACCUCGCAAGCAACAAUUUUUCUGGAAAGAUCCCUGAUGAGCUAAUCAAUCUUUUGGGGUUGAUAUCUUUGAAUUUGUCCGGCAAUCAACUGAACGGAAUGAUUCCACGGAACAUCGGCCAAAUGGGACAACUGGAAUCUCUUGAUCUAUCAAGAAAUCAUCUUUCUGGGUCAAUUCCUUCUAGCAUUUCAAAACUAUCCUCCUUGGGUUUCUUGAAUUUGUCCAACAAUAACUUGUCAGGGGAAAUUCCAUCAAGCACCCAAAUGCAAACUUUCGGUGCUUCUAGCUUUGCUGGAAACCAACUUUGCGGGCGUCCCCUGACAGUGAAUUGUAGUAGCAGCAGCACUGAUGGUGUUACUGCAAUCACUGAAGAAAGUGCUGAAGCUGUGGCGGACUAUUGGCUUUAUGUUUUCAUUGGCUUGGGGUUUGUGGUCGGAUUUUGGGGUGUCUGUUUUACUUUAAUACUGAAGAGGUCAUGGAGAUACGCAUACUUUCAGUUUGUGGAUGAAGCUUGGGACUGGCUACAGCUACAGGCAUGCCAUUUGUCCGCUAAAUUCAUGCUAAAGGGGUGAGGAGCAGGUGUCUUGGAUUCUAUUUCUUUAAAGUUAUUCAUCAUGUCUUGUGUUCUUGUGAUUCUAAUAUGUUAUCCCUUCCCCUCACGAAACUUAUUUGAAUAACGAG